AUGAGUGGGCUGCCACCUGGCUACCCGUACGGGGCUGCCGGGCAGCCGCCCGGGUAUGGCGGGCCGCCGCCGCCGUUCCCUGGGAUGGCGCCGCCUGGUAUGCAGCCGCCGCCCGGGUAUGGCGGGCCGCCGCCGCCGUUCCCUGGGAUGGCGCCGCCUGGUAUGCAGCCGCCACCAGGAAUGAUGCCGCCGCCGGGCAUGAUGCCGCCGCCGGGCAUGAUGCCGCCGCCGGGCAUGAUGCCGCCGCCUGGGAUGCAUCCGGGCGCGCCGAUGGCGCCGCCCCCGAGCGGGGCCGGCGACGCCGACAUGGAGGAUGCCGACGGCGCACCUAGCGCGGAGAUGCUCGAGCGCGCGCGAAAGUGGCAGUCGCUCAACGCGCGGCGCUACGGCGAGCGGCGCAAGCACGGGCACAUCGACGCGCCCAAGGAGGACAUGCCUCCGGAGCACGUGCGCAAGAUCGUCAAGGACCACGGCGACAUGACCAACAAGAAGUUUCGGCACGACAAGCGCGUCUACCUCGGGGCGCUCAAGUACGUGCCUCACGCCGUCCUCAAGCUGCUCGAGAACAUGCCGAUGCCGUGGGAGCAGAUCCGCACGGUGCCAAUCCUCUACCACAUCACGGGCGCCAUCACCUUCGUCAACGACAUCCCCAAGGGCUACAACAUGCUCAACCUGCUCAUCCACCGCAAGAACGUCAACUACCUGCACCUCGACUACAACUUCAACCUCAAGCCCGUCAAGACUCUCACCACCAAGGAGCGCAAGAAGUCGCGCUUCGGCAACGCCUUCCACCUCUGCCGCGAGAUCCUCCGCCUCACCAAGCUCGUCGUCGACGCGCACGUGCAGUACCGGCUCGGCAACGUGGACGCGUACCAGCUGGCGGACGGGCUGCAGUACAUCUUUGCGCACGUGGGGCAGCUCACCGGGAUGUAUCGGUACAAGUACCGGCUCAUGCGGCAGAUCCGGAUGUGCAAGGACCUCAAGCACCUCAUCUACUACCGCUUCAACACCGGCCCCGUCGGCAAGGGCCCCGGCUGCGGCAUCUGGGCGCCCGGCUGGCGCGUGUGGCUCUUCUUCCUGCGCGGCGUGGUGCCGCUGCUCGAGCGGUGGCUCGGCAACCUGCUCGCACGCCAGUUCGAGGGCCGCUCGUCCAAGGGGAUCGCCAAGACGGUCACCAAGCAGCGCGUCGAGUCGCACUACGACCUCGAGCUGCGCGCCGCCGUGAUGCACGACAUCCUGGACAUGAUGCCCGAGGGCGUCAAGACCAACAAGUCGCGCACGAUCCUGCAGCACCUCUCGGAGGCGUGGCGCUGCUGGAAGGCCAACAUCCCGUGGAAGGUGCCCGGCAUGCCGGCGCCGAUCGAGAACAUGAUCUUGCGGUACGUCAAGUCCAAGGCGGACUGGUGGACCAACGUCGCGCACUACAACCGCGAGCGCAUCCGGCGUGGCGCCACCGUCGACAAGACGGUCACCAAGAAGAACCUCGGGCGGCUGACGCGCCUCUGGCUCAAGGCGGAGCAGGAGCGCCAGCACAACUACCUCAAGGACGGGCCCUACGUCUCUGCCGAGGAGGCUGUGGCGAUCUACACCACCAUGGUGCACUGGCUCGAGUCGCGCAAGUUCUCGCCGAUCCCCUUCCCGCCGCUCUCGUACAAGCACGACACCAAGCUGCUCAUCCUCGCGCUCGAGCGGCUCAAGGAGUCGUACUCGGCCGCCUCGCGCCUCAACCAGACGCAGCGCGAGGAGCUCGGCCUCAUCGAGCAGGCCUAUGACAACCCGCACGAGGCGCGUGCCGCGCUCUCGCGCAUCAAGCGCCACCUGCUGACGCAGCGCGCCUUCAAGGAGGUGACGAUGGAGUUCAUGGACCUCUACUCGCAUCUCGUCCCCGUCUACGAGAUCGAGCCGCUCGAGAAGAUCACCGACGCCUACCUCGACCAGUACCUGUGGUAUGAGAGCGACAAGCGACACCUGCUGCCCAACUGGGUCAAGCCGGCCGACACGGAGCCGGCGCCCCUCCUCGUCUACAAGUGGUGCCUCGGCGUCAACAACCUGGCGGACGUGUGGGACACGUCCAACGGCGAGUGCGUCGUCUGCGUCGAGACGCAGUACACCAAGAUGUACGAGAAGGUGCUCGACCACAACAUCGCCGACUACAUGACCGCCAAGAACAACGUCAACCUCACCUUCAAGGACAUGAACCACACCAACUCGUACGGCAUCCUGCGCGGCCUGCAGUUUGCCUCCUUCAUCAUGCAGUUCUACGGGCUGAUGCUUGACCUGCUCGUGCUCGGGCUCACGCGCGCCUCGGAGCUCGCGGGCCCGCCAGCCGUGCCAAACGACUUUUUGCAGUUCCGCGACACCGCCACCGAGACGCGCCACCCGAUCCGGCUCUACUGCCGGUACAUCGACCGGCUGCACAUCCUGCUGCGCCUCACGGCUGACGAGUGCAAGGACCUGAUCCAGCGGUACCUGACCGAGCAUCCGGACCCCAACAACGAGAACAUGGUUGGCUACAACAACCGCAAGUGCUGGCCACGCGACUCGCGCAUGCGGCUGAUGAAGCACGACGUGAACCUCGGCCGCGCCGUCUUUUGGGACAUGAAGAACCGGCUGCCGCGCUCGGUGACGACGAUCGACUGGGAGGAGUCCUUCGUCUCGGUCUACUCGAAGGACAACCCGAACCUGCUGUUCAACAUGAGCGGUUUCGAGGUGCGCAUCCUGCCCAAGAUGCGCAUGCUCAACGACGAGUUCGUCUCCAAGGACGGCGUCUGGUCGCUGCAGAAUGAGACCACCAAGGAGCGGACGGCGCAGGCCUUCCUGCGGGUCGACAACCAGUCGAUGCGCUACUUUGAGAACCGCGUGCGGCAGGUGCUCAUGUCGUCCGGCUCCACCACCUUCACCAAGAUCGUCAACAAGUGGAACACGGCCCUCAUCGGGCUGAUGACGUACUUCCGCGAGGCAGCGCACAUCCCGACGCGCGGGCUCGGCCGGCACGCGCCCCGUGACGCGCCCGCGGCCCCGUCCGACAGGCGACGGCUCAACUCGAAGAUGCCCUCGCGCUUCCCGCCCGUCGUCUUCUACACGCCGAAGGAGAUUGGCGGCCUCGGCAUGCUCUCGAUGGGCCACGUGCUCAUCCCGCAGUCGGACUUGCGGUUCUCGAAGCAGACGGACGCCGGCAUCACGCACUUCCGCUCGGGCAUGUCGCACGAGGAGGACCAGCUGAUCCCGAACCUCUUCCGGUACAUCCAGCCGUGGGAGUCCGAGUUCGUCGACUCGCAGCGCGUUUGGGCCGAGUACGCGCUCAAGCGGCAGGAGGCCAACGCGCAGAACCGGCGGCUGACGCUCGAGGACCUCGAGGACUCGUGGGACCGCGGCAUCCCGCGCAUCAACACGCUCUUCCAGAAGGACCGGCACACGCUCGCGUACGACAAGGGCUGGCGCGUCCGCACCCAGUUCAAGGAGUUCCAGAUCAUGCGGCAGAACCCGUUUUGGUGGACGCACCAGCGGCACGACGGCAAGCUGUGGAACCUAAACAACUACCGGACGGACAUGAUCCAGUCGCUCGGCGGCGUCGAGGGGAUCCUCGAGCACACGCUCUUCAAGGGCACCUACUUCCCCACCUGGGAGGGCCUCUUCUGGGAGAAGGCCUCCGGCUUCGAGGAGUCGAUGAAGUACAAGAAGCUGACCAACGCGCAGCGCGAAGGGAUGGCCUCGCCACACGACCACACGCACAACCUUAUUCAAAUCCCGAACCGCCGCUUCACGCUGUGGUGGUCGCCGACGAUCAACCGCGCCAACGUCUACGUCGGCUUCCAGGUCCAGCUCGACCUCACCGGCAUCUUCAUGCACGGCAAGAUCCCGACGCUCAAGAUCUCGCUCAUCCAGAUCUUCCGCGCGCACUUGUGGCAGAAGAUCCACGAGUCGGUGGUGAUGGACCUCUGCCAGGUCUUCGACCAGGAGCUCGACGCGCUUGAGAUUGAGACGGUGCAGAAGGAAACCAUCCACCCGCGCAAGUCGUACAAGAUGAACUCGUCGUGCGCCGACGUGCUCCUCUUCGCCGCGUACAAGUGGCAGGUCUCCAAGCCCGCGCUGCUCGCCGAGCCCAAGGACGUGUACGACGGCUCGACGGCCACAAAGUACUGGCUGGACGUGCAGCUGCGGUGGGGCGACUACGACUCCCACGACGUCGAGCGGUACACGCGCGCAAAGUUCCUCGACUACACCACCGACAACAUGUCCAUCUACCCCGCGCCGACUGGCAUCAUGAUCGGCCUCGACCUCGCCUACAACCUGCACUCGGCGUACGGCAACUUCAUCCCCGGGAUGAAGCCGCUGGUGACGCAGGCGCUCGCCAAGAUCAUGAAGUCCAACCCGGCGCUCUACGUGCUGCGCGAGCGCAUCCGCAAGGGGCUGCAGCUCUACUCGUCCGAGCCGACUGAGCCGUACCUCUCCUCGCAAAACUACGGCGAGCUCUUCUCCAACCAGAUCAUCUGGUUCGUCGACGACACCAACGUGUACCGCGUCACCAUCCACAAGACGUUCGAGGGCAACCUGACCACCAAGCCGAUCAACGGCGCCAUCUUCAUCUUCAACCCGCGCACCGGCCAGCUCUUCCUCAAGAUCAUCCACACUUCCGUCUGGGCCGGCCAGAAGCGGCUCGGCCAGCUCGCAAAGUGGAAGACGGCGGAGGAGGUCGCCGCGCUGAUCCGCUCGCUGCCGGUGGAGGAGCAGCCCAAGCAGAUCAUCGUGACGCGCAAGGGCAUGCUCGACCCGCUCGAGGUGCACCUGCUCGACUUCCCAAACAUCAUGAUCAAGGGCUCGGAGCUGCAGCUCCCCUUCCAGUCCUGCCUCAAGGUCGAGAAGUUCGGCGACCUGAUCCUCAAGGCGACGGAGCCGCAGAUGGUGCUCUUCAACAUCUACGACGACUGGCUCAAGACGAUCUCGUCGUACACGGCCUUCUCGCGCCUCCUCCUCAUCCUGCGCUCCUUCCACGUCAACCCCGAAAAGUGCAAGAUGAUUCUCCGGCCCGACAAGGACACGCUGACGCAGGCGCACCACGUGUGGCCGUCGCUCACUGACGAGGAGUGGAUCUCGGUCGAGGUGCAGCUCAAGGACCUGAUUCUCUCCGACUACGGCAAGAAGAACAACGUCAACGUCGCCUCGCUCACCCAGUCCGAGGUGCGCGACAUCAUCCUCGGCAUGGAGAUCGCGCCGCCGUCGAUGCAGCGGCAGGAGAUUGCCGAGAUCGAGAAGAACGCCAAGGAGGCGUCGCAACUCAACGCGGUGACGACGCGCACGACCAACGUGCACGGCGAGGAGCUCAUCGUCACCACCACCUCCGCCUACGAGCAGCAGACCUACGCCUCCAAGACGGACUGGCGCGUGCGCGCCAUCUCGGCCUCCAACCUGCACCUGCGCACCUCGCACAUCUACGUGUCGUCCGACGAGUGCUCCGAGACGGGCUACACCUACAUCCUGCCCAAGAACGUGCUCAAAAAGUUCAUCCAGAUUGCCGACCUCCGCACCCAGGUCUCGGGCUACUUGUACGGCGUCUCGCCGCCCGACAACCCGCAGGUCAAGGAGCUGCGCGGCAUCGUGAUGGUCCCGCAGUGGGGCUCGCACCAGACGGUGCACCUGCCGUCGGCGCUGCCCGACCACGAGUACCUCAAGGGGAUGGAGCCGCUCGGUUGGCUCCACACGCAGCCCAACGAGCUGCCGCAGCUCUCGCCCAACGACGUGACGACGCACGCGCGCAUCAUGUCGGAGAACAAGUCGUGGGACGGCGAGCGCACCGUCGUCAUCACUUGCUCCUUCACGCCGGGCUCCGUCUCGCUGUGCGCGUACAAGCUGACCCCCGCGGGCUACGAGUGGGGGCGCCAGAACCGCGACGUGGGCGCCAACCCGCACGGCUACCUGCCGACCCACUACGAGAAGGUGCAGAUGCUCCUCUCGGACCACUUUCUCGGCUUCUUCAUGGUGCCGGACAACGACGUGUGGAACUACAACUUUAUGGGUGUGCGCCACUCGUCGAGCAUGAAGUACGACCUCAAGCUCGCCAACCCGCGCGACUUUUACCACCAGAUCCACCGGCCGUCCCACUUUCUCAACUUCUCCUCCGUCGACGAGGGCGGCGCCGAGGGCGUGGACCGCGACGACCACUUUGCAUGAGGCGCGAGCAGCGCCGCCUUUUCGACUACGUCUACGUGAUUCCUAGCUGGGCGACGGGCGGCACUCGGGCGCCGCGCGCCGCGCUCAGCCGUGCAGAGCAGCGCUGCCGUGCAGGCAGCGGUUGUGGCUGAGGGCGCGCAGACUCGAGUGUAGACUACCUGUCUCGUCGUCAGAGAGCGGGGGUCGCGCGCGGCCCUCGGACUCGCAGUGUGAUUGUUUGGGGCCGGGUGUUCUUGUUUGUUUGGUAACAGCACAUUGCAUCCCUCCC